CGCAACUACAGCAGGAGCUUAACGCCAAGAAGAGACAGCCGCGUGCUCGCGUUUCAGCCUAUAGUAAAUGCAUAGACAUUGUGAAACCUUAUCUUUUUUCGGUUGCUCUCUGGUUUUUGUUAAAUCACGCUUUUAAGAGAUGGAGAAGAGGACGCGUUGGACAUCCUGUUAUUUUGGGCGCUUUUUAACGCUCUUCCUCUGCGCGCGAGCGUCAGGCAACCUGCCACAGUGUAAAGAGACAGACUACUACUUUGAGUACACAGAGUGUGAUAGCACUGGUUCUCGAUGGAGAGUGGCCAUUCCUCACAGUCCAGGAAGCUGCACGGGCUUACCGGAGCCAGUCAGGGGCACAGAUUGCACUUUUUCUUGUGAAGCUGGGGAGUUUUUAGAGAUGUCAUCCCAGCAGUGUACAUCAUGCGCGGCUGGCUCUUAUUCGUUGGGCAGCGGCGUUCGUUUUGACCAAUGGGAUUCCAUCCCUGUGGGAUUCAGUAGCCUGGCCACAUACAUGGACUCAGGAGGAACGGGGGAUGAUUCUAUGACCUGCCACAAUUCUUCAUGGAUAGCUCAGGGAACUCACUUGGAGUCCAAUCGCGAUGAUUGCACAGUGUCGCUGGUGUACGCAGUGCAUCUCAUGAAACAGGGCUCCGUCUCUUUCGACUAUCAAUACGUUGACAGCAAUGUCUUCUUUGAGUUCUUUAUUCAGAGCGACCAAUGCCAGGAGAUGGAUCAAACAGGAAGUGAGAAAUGGAUCAAACUCACCACCAGCGGAGAGUGGGGAACUCACACAGUCAAUCUGAAGUCAGGAACAAAUAUUCUCUAUUGGAGAACCACAGGAAUGCUCUUGAGUGGGAAAUCUGUGAAGCCGGUCCUUUUGAAGAACAUUCAGAUCGAAGGUGUGGCGUACACCUCAGAGUGUUUUCCAUGCAGACCGGGCACCUUCAGUAAAUCUCCAGGCUCUUCGUCAUGUGAUCUUUGUCCCAGGAAUACGUACUCUAGCAAAGGAGCCAGUUCCUGCACACCCUGCUCCGAGACACAGUAUUCCCAGGAGGGAUGGUCGGAGUGUAAAGAGAGACCUCCCUGUUCAGAGAAAGACUACUUCCAAAUCCACACGGCCUGUGAUAGUGACGGCAAGACCCAGAUACUGUACAGGUGGGUGGAGCCACAGGUGUGUGUGGAGAAUGUGACCGGUGCUGUGACACUGCCCCCUUCUGGAGAGAAAGAGGACUGUCCACCCUGUAAUCCAGGCUUCUACAUGCACAACACCUCCACCUGUCUGCCUUGCCCACAAGGGACGUAUUCUGAUGGCACCACAGAAUGUCAACGAUGCCCAGGGGGAACUGAACCUUCUCUAGGAUAUGAGUACAAGUGGUGGAACAUCCUUCCGAGGAAUAUGAAAACUUCUUGUUUUAAUGUCGGCAACUCCAAAUGUGAUGAAAUGAAUGGUUGGGAGGUGGCCGGCGACCACAUCCGUAGUGGAGUGGGAGGCUCAGAUAAUGAUUACCUCAUCCUAAAUCUACGAGUGCCUGGAUUCAAACUUCCUACUUCUGUGGACGAUGCUUCAGCUUCUGAGUUUGGCCGAAUCACUUUCAUUUUUGAAACCAUUUGCAGUGCAGACUGUGAACUCUAUUUUAUGAUGGAUGUGAACAGGAAGAGCACCAAUGUGGUGGAAUCAUGGGUAGAAAGUAAAGCCAGACAGGCUUACACCCACAUCAUGACCAAAAAUUCAUCGGUGUCUUACACAUGGGCUUUUCAACGUACCAACAAAGCCAUGGAUGCGCGUCAGCAUGUGAAUGACAUCGCGAAGAUAUACGCGAUCACAGUGACUAAUGCUAUGGAUGGCUCAGCGUCUAGUUGUCGUGCCUGUGCUAUGAUGAGUCAGCAGGACGGCUCUUCCUGUGUUCCCUGCCCUGCUGGACAUUUCAUCAAUAAAGACACCAAUCAGUGCCAAGAGUGCCCGCCCAACACCUUCCUAUCUGGGCAUCACAUAUAUGGGCGUGAGGCCUGUCAGCCCUGUGGCCCUGGCAGCAAGAGCAACAAGGAACACUCUGUUUGUUUUAACGACUGCACAUUCUCACAUGUGGAUCAGAACCGGACUUUGACCUUCGACCUCAGCACCUUAAGUUCAGUGGGGUCAAUCAUGAAUGGCCCUAGUUUCACCUCCAAGGGAACAAAAUACUAUCAUCAAUUUAACAUCAGCCUGUGUGGGGCAGAGGGAAAGAAAGUGGCCGUGUGCAGUGACAAUGUUACAGAUCUGUCCAAUAAGGACCUGCAAAAUGAAUCAGCUGACCUCAACAAUUUUGUGGAGACUUUUGUUUGCCAAUCAACCAUCAUUCCUGCAGAUGGGCGGGGCUUCAGGACAGCCUUGUCCUCUCAGUCCAUCAGCCUGGCUGACACUUUCCUUGGAGCUUCUGUUGAUAACACUCUGGAUGGAUUGACUGUUAGCCUGGAUCUGUUCCCCGAAUCGUCACGGAAAGUUCCAGAUAUCAACUUCUUCUAUCGCUCUCCCCAGCCAACUGCAUCCUGCCUGAAUGGUCGUAGCACAGUCGUAACUCUGCGCUGCAACCCUGAGAAGAGUGACCGGGGAAUGCUUGAUGUGCCAAGCAAGUGCCCAGCAGGUACAUGCAAUGGCUGUGAUUUCCAUUUCCUUUGGGAGAGUUCUAGUGCUUGUCCACUUUGCACUCAGGCUGAUUACCACUCAAUAGAAGGAGCUUGCAAAGGAGGAGUGCAGGACACCCUCUUUGUGUGGAAUGAACCAAAACUCUGCACGAAAGGAGUGCCACUCCCGAACAAGACAUCCGCCCACUGUGAAGUGGUCAGCCUAUGGUUGAAGGCAGGAAUUGGGGGCGGAGCCUUCAUGGCUGUCCUCCUUAUAUCUCUCACAUGCUACUUUUGGAAAAAAAACAAGAGGCUUGAAUAUAAAUAUUCCAGGUUAGUGAUGUCAGCCAAUAAGGACUGCGAGUUGCCAGCAGCAGACAGCUGUGGAUUAGCGGAAGGAGAAGGGGAGGAGAAUGAAGACGAUGUCGUUUACUCAAAUACUCCUUCAUUACUGGGCAAACUGAAAGCUAUUGCUAGCAAGGCAGAUGGGGACAGCAGUGAGUCAGUUCAGCUGAAGUCUUCUCAGUCAGAGAGAUGGGUGUGGGGAUAACACACUGGAGAAGAGAAGGAUCACUCAUGUACAACAGAGAACAAAGUUUUCAAAGUUUGCUUUUCAGUUUGUCAAUAUUUACAGCUACCCCUCCCCUCAAAUGUCUCAGAACGAAUCUCUAGGUUCUCAAUACAAUGCGUUUCCUGUGUCAAAAUUCAGGAACUUUCUCAUGGUAAAAAAAAUUAACUUUGCCCUAUAAAUAAUCACAUACGUACACUGACAAACAAUGUACUGCUAGGAAAUAUCAAAAGCAAAGUUACCUCAAAGCAUUGCAAGAAUAUUGUCACAUGUACAUCAUACAGAUACAUAUAAAUACAAACAGCAUACUCACAAACGCAACAACCACUUUUCUCCACCAGAGUCCUGGGGCAGCACUUACACAACAUUUGAGUCAUGGAGUGUAAUGCUUUGCACUGUUGUGUGAAUAGGUUUUGGGAACUACAGGUGUAUAUUGCAAAUUGAGCUUUGUGUAUUUGCGUGUAUGUAUGUGUUUGAAUGUUUCAGAGACCGAAUUUCUUCAUAUUUAAAGGGAUAGUCCACCCAAAAAUUUUAAUUCUCUCAUGAUUUACUCACCCUCAUGCCAUCCCAAAUGUGUGACUUACUUUCUUCUGCGGAGCACAAAUGAAGAUUUGUAGUAGAACAUUUCAGCUCUGUAAGUCCAUACAAUGUAAGUGAAUGGAGUACCAACAUUUUAAAGCUCCAAAAGCACAUAAAGGCAGCAUAAAAGUUAUCCAUAAGACUCAAUCUUCAAAUCAAUCUUCAUAUGGGAUAUGAAAGGUGUUAUUGAGAAACAGAUCAAUAUUUGAGUCCUUUUUUACUAUUUAUCUCCACUCUCACUUUUUCUUCUUUUGUUGUUUGGCGGUUCACAUUCUUCUUGCAUAUCGCCACCUACUGGGCAGGGAAAAUGCAUAGUAAAAAGGGCUUAAAUAUUGAUCUUUUUCUCACCCACACUUAAGAUAUAGAUUAAACCACUGGAGUCUUAUGGAUUACUUUUAUACAGCCUUUAUGUGCAUUUUAGAGUUUCAAAAUUUUGGUCACCAUUGACUUGCAUUGUGAGGACCUACAGAGCUGAGAUAUUCUUCUAAAAAUCGUUGUUUGUGUUUUGAAGGUAGAAAGUAAGUCAUGCACAUCUGGGAUGGGGGUGAGUGAAUGAUGAGAGAAUUUUCAUUUUUGGGUGAAUUAUUCCUUCAAUGAUCACACGCAAGCAUUCAAACAAAUAUAUGUAGUGUUUGGCCAACAGAGGGAGACAGAGAUAGCCUUACCGACACACAGAGCUUGUCCGAUGCUUCAGUUUCCUCUUGAAAAUGCCAAACAUCAUACAGAAGAUCUAAGAGAUGAGAAACCUUCUCUCAUGUAUUACAGAGAGGUCUGUCCACAUUCCACAUCUCUCCUCUUGAGGAGAACAAGAGCCAGUAAUGUUUUCUAUUUUGUAUUGUUGUGUAUUUUGAGCUGUAUAAAGUUAUGUUGAAAUAUUUCUCUACCUGAUAUUAUUUACACUUUAAUACAUUUUCAGAGCGCCUUAAACAUGGGGCAAAUGCGUUAAAGAAUAUGUAAACACAGAUUUCAGACAAGAAUAGCAGUUUUCUCACUUUUAACAACCCAGUGUAGAGACUGCAAGUCCAUUCCUCACAGCCUCGUUUUUAUUCUCCUUGAAAAUGAAAUGUAGUACUACUCUGAAUAAAGUCUACAGCCAUUUAAAUGAGUUUGCACAACAUGACAAUACAGAAGAUUAUAUAUUUGAUUAGUGAUAUGCAUCUGUUUUAAAUUAUUGUUAUUAGGUUUCUUAAAAAAAGAAAGAAGCAAAAAUCAAGGUUACAUUGAAGCACCUACAAUGGAAGGGAAUGCUGCCAACUUUUGGAGGGCUUAAAGGCAGAAAUACAGAGCUUAUAAUUAUAAAAUGGCAACAAAGUUGUACAUUUGGUUAUAACUUAAAAAUAUAUAUAUUUUAAGUUUUCUGUGUUAAAUUAUGUUAACACACUGUUUAAAUCUUGUGGUUAUACUUUAGUAACAGUGAGUACAACAGGUAACGUUUACAGAUUGGCCCCAUUUGCAUCCAUAUGGGAUUUUGUUUUUGUGGUAAUGCCAAAAACUUGUUGAACAUUGGAACAUUUCUUUAAAUUAUUUCCCUCAAAAGUCAUAGUUAUUACUUACAGUAGCUUGCCAGUGCUAAACCACUGCUGGAAUAUCAAUAUUGAGUUUACCCCCAGGGUUUCUAAACAAUUUUCAAAGGCAAUUUUGAGACAUAUUUUUGUAAUACUAAUAUCAAGCAACAACAGUUUCUUGAAAGAAAAUAAUAAUAAACUUAACAAUAUGCCGGUUAAAGUUAUGAAUAUAUCUCUCAAUGUAUGUUUCUUGGUAUUAAAUGACCCUGAUAAUUCCAAUACGUCAAUAUUGAUGCGUCAGUAUCCAUGUGCCCAAACAUACCUAUACCACUCACAAAUGGAACACUAAUGUCUAUUAUGAAUUCCUCCAGACAGUACCGGCUCUCUGUGGUUAUUUCUCAUUGCACUCUGUCAAGUGCCAUUGCAUGAUGUGGUUUGUGCCGAGAGGCCGUUAUUAGGUAUUCUUUCCUUAAUUUCUUGGGCUCUAUAUCCUGCAUUCUUUGAUCUCAUCUCCCUCUGUUCCCUGACGGUAGGCGAAGUAGGACAGCUUGUUUGCCUCCCAGCAGUACAG